CCCAAAAAAAGUGAAAUCGGAAUAAAUUAACUCAAAAAAAAACGAAACGGUGUUACCAAUAAAUUCUAAUGCAUCCGGACCAUGAUAUUACGCAACAGUACACGAGACAAGAUGCGCCUCGCGUUGCGCGCGCGCACCUUUACCCACCGGCCAGCAAUUGAUCUGCGUCACGCACACAUCCGCACCCAUACAAUACACAAACUAGUGUGAAUGAACCCCGAAAAUCUUGCGUACACGCAACUACUCUUAUUAUCAUAAUAUAAUUUUGUUGGUACCAGUUUAAUCGGCCGUUUUCGGGCUCGCUUUUCUUCGCGCGGCGGUAGUGGGGUGAGAGGCUUAAAAUAGCCUGUCUUAUUCACCGUCGCUACACUUUGUGCUAAGCUUUCUUAGGGGUAGUUGGACAGUAGACAUGAGGCGUUACGUUGUUGCCCUAUUUUUGCUUGCGGCGGCUCGGGCCAUGCCUGCCGUCGACAAAGAUGCAAACGAUCCAGGCUUAGUAGGAUCAGUGAUUGGGGUCGUUAAGGAGUGCGUGGAUGUUGACGUGUCCUUAUGUUUAAAGGAGAAAGCGUUGAAGUAUGCGGAAAGCAUCACCUCCUCGAGGGAGAUGAAUUUGGCUGAUGGAGUCACACUGAUCGGCACUGGCUCGCCGAGGUCUGCGAGGGCCUUGGAGCCGUUGUCAGAGGAACCUAAGGCUCGCGAGGCGCAGGUGGAAUCGAGACUGGUGGACACAGCUGCAGACUUCUUGGAGAACCAUGUCAUCCAGUUCAGGCUGCCAUCGUCUGCAGUUGAAGGCAUGAAGAGGUCGCUCGAAGAAGCCCGUGGCAAGAAGAAGAAGAUCAAGCAGCUCCUUCCCCUUUUGGCCCUCGCUAAGCUGAAGGUUACCGCUCUCAUUCCCCUGUUCUUGGGUAUCAUCGCAUUCGCUGCAGCUAAGGCUGUACUCCUAGCCAAGAUCUCCCUACUGGUCGCUGGAAUCAUCGCCCUAAAGAAACUCCUCGCAAGCAAACACCAUGAAACCAGCUACGAGGUUGUCGCUCAUCCUCACCACGAGGAACAUUAUGCCAGCAGCGGACACGGCUGGGGCAGGUCAAUCGAAGAUGCCCAAAACCUAGCCUACGCUGCCCACAUCAAGUCUGAUUAAAGCGUUUAUUUUGACUGACUCCAUAAGGGCUCUCCCGGGGUACAAAUCUGGGCCCAUUAUAAAUAAUGUAAAAUAGUCACUAUGGCGAAGUAUGGCAAUGACAUGUGUAUAUCGUGUUUAUUUAUUAGUAGAAGUAGGAUUAUUUAUUAUUAAAUUAAUAUUUAAUGAACAACGUCCCUUUGUAAGGAGCGAAUGCCGAGCGAGCGUGUUGUUGUUGUUUUCAUAAAAUGUUGUUCUAAGUUUGUAUGAUCCUUCUAUUUCGUUAUACUAUAUUAGUAUUUUUUCCACACCCUAUACGGUAUCCGUAUUUGUGUAUGUAUUGUUUUUUAUACAACUUUUAUCCAUCAAGAAGUAGAGUCCUACAACUUGAUUUUAUAUUUGUACUUUCUAGUCCCAAUAUUCUAAGUCUUUUUUAUAUUUAUUGAGAGCUUUAAUAUAUUUCUCCUUAUAUUUAUAUCGAUUUUUGUAUUUUAUAUACAUUUUGUGAUAUUUAACUUUAUAAUAUUAAAUAUAAGUAUUUUUUUUAUAUAUAUUUGUAUGUAUGCCUAUAUAUAAAGCGAACUUAUGAUUUUAUGUAUCUACGUAUUUUGCAAGUACAAUAUUAUAUUAUGUAAUUUUUAAGUGUGUAAGUAUGUGUCACAAUUUUUAUUUUUUAUUUUUCAUACGAUAUUUUUAUUGUUUUGUGUAAUUAUAAUUAUGAUAACAAAUCCAAAUCGUACAAAUAAAGAACUAAAUUUGAUAAGUUGUUUCUUUAUACCGUAACAAAUUAGGUGAAUUUACAAUUUUUUAAAAGUAGCAAUGUAGAUUUAUCUGGGUUCAAAUAAUAAUGUAUAUUUCCGAUAGCUUAUCAAUAUAGAAAUUUUUAGUCAAAAUACCAACAUGAACAUUCUUUAAAUUCGUGUUAAUCUAGGGGCACGAGGGGCACGGUAGUGCUCCUUUCAAGAUGAAAAAACGAGCCAAGCAAAGAGCAAGCGCAAAGCGAAAACAAGUGAAGUGCGUAUGGUGGCACGCGCAGUCUAGGGUUCCGUAGUUGCCUGUAGUUACCACAAGUCUUUAUUUUCUAUACCGGAAAUUAUAAAAUCAAUUAAUAUCAAUCUAUGUAUCUCAAAUUAAAUACCUAAAUCAAAGUCAAACUGCGUCACAGAUUCAAUUUCUUAUAGUACGAAUGAUAAUCGCAUUUUAUUUUUUAUUUCCUCCCUGUUGGUGUGAAAUCCUCAUGGAUAUCCUACAGCCGGCUGCAAGGUUAUGACACACUCUUACUGACUAAAAGAUCAAUCUGAAGCGAUCAUCCCCUGAGAAGGGGAUGAUGCUGUUUAACCGCCGAUCUUUUCAAGUGGAACUAAUGAUAUUUUUUUCGGUUUUUAAAUAGUUUUUUUUUAGAUGUUGUUGCAAUGCAAGAUUUUACGCUAAAAUAAAUUCAUCUAUGUCACUAUAAAUGUUUUCUUCUUCGGAAUUUUUAAUAGGUAAGAAAUUUUCUUUAACCAAAGUUGAACGACUAUUACUCUUAAAGUAACAAAUCUAUCUUAACCGUUGUAGGUUUCCUUAAAAUUUCAUGAAAAGCACUGUUAUCGUAAAGUUUUCCAGGUUUUUCAAGCCAAUAGUUUAGCUUUUAG